AUAAUGUCCAUGCACAACAACCCCAUUAUAAAUUUGUAAGCUUUCAACUCACCAAUUGGCAUUAAUUUUUGCUACAGAAUGCUUGAGGAGAGCCAUGAAUCAACUCGGUGUUACCCUUUUGGUUCUCUCAAUCUUAUUCUUCCAAGUUAGAGCACAGAAUGACCCUUCAGAUGAUGCUGUUUCCAAUUUCCAGCCAAGCCUUGCAGUUGUCAUAGGAAUCCUUGGUCUCAUGUUUUUCCUAACAUUCAUUCUUCUCUUGUAUGCUAAAUUCUGUCAAAGAAGUGCUUCAGCUCCUCUUGGUGACUCAGAAAAUCAACAAGCACUUGUGAGAUCAAGGUCUAGAUUUUCAGGAAUUGACAAGACUGUCAUAGAAUCACUCCCCUUCUUUAGAUUCUCUUCCCUCAAAGGGUCAAAGGAAGGGCUUGAAUGUGCAGUGUGCUUAUCAAAGUUUGAAGAUGUUGAAAUUCUGAGGCUGCUACCAAAAUGCAAACAUGCUUUUCAUAUUGAUUGCAUAGACCACUGGCUCGAAAAACACUCAAGUUGUCCUAUUUGCAGGCACAAGGUCAAUUCUGAAGACCUCACAACCUUCACAUAUUCAAACAGUUUAAGGCGGCUAGUAAAUCAAUCAGGGCUGGGUGAAGAAUCCAACUUAGAGAUCUUUGUCCAAAGAGAGGAAGACCAUCAUGGUUCAUCAAGAUUUAGCAUUGGAAGCAGCUUUAGGAAAAUUGGAAAAGAUGUUAAGAAAGAAGAAUUGCUUAUCCAGAAAGGAGAAGAAGAUAGUGACGGUAACCAAAAGGGGUAUCAUAAACAUAACCACAGAAUCACUAUAUCUGAUGUUGUGUUCAAGCAUAGGUGGAGCAACGUGAGUUCUUCAGACCUCAUGUUUUUGAAUUCAGAGAUGCUUAGUGCUACUUCAAGCAACAGGUUCAAUGACUUGGAAUCAAAUGCUGAUAAUAUGUCAACGACAAGAGCACUGGGAGAAAAUGAGCAAAUCAUGAACAUCAAGGAGGAGAUGGACAGGAAGAUUUCCUUUGAGAGCAAAGUUGGUGCACUUAACAAGAUUAAAUCAAUUUCAGAUAAGGAUAAUCUUUUUACAUCAGAUUCUGCUGGAAUUUCUAGUCAUGCACCAAAGUAUGUGAACCCUGGGGAGAAAAGGUCAAUGUCAGAAAUCACUGGUGUCUCUAGAUUUGGAGAUUUUGGCAUGAAAAGUAGGGUCUUUAAAGAGUCUUCUUCCCUUGAAGACAACCUUAAAGAGGAAAGAAUGAGGCAACUUUGGUUCCCAAUUGCCAGAAGAACAGCUCAAUGGUUUGUGAAUAGAGAAAGAAGGUCACAGCAAUCUCAGAAUAAUCAAAAGCCAUUAGAUGUAUAA